AUGGCAGAACUGCAAAAUCAGCCGACUUUCAGUGAGAGCCUUCAACACACUAGUCUUCAACUCGAAGCCAUUCCUCUUUCCACCACCCCCGGUACAAUCUUGUGUGACGUAUCGCGCGGUGCCUUCCGACCCGUAGUGCCCAGCGAGAUGAGACGAGAUGUUUUUGCCGCGUUGCACAAUCUAGCUCAUCCUGGCAUCCGCACUACCCAGCGCCUCGCCAGCGAGCGGUUCGUUUGGCCAAGCAUGAACACUGAUAUCCGCCAGUGGACCCGUUCAUGUUUGGCCUGUCAGAAGGCCAAAGUCGGACGGCACAAGAAAACCCCCAUUGGCACUUUUCUCGCAUCCGAAGCACGUUUUUCACAUGUCCAUAUCGAUCUGGUAGGUCCCUUUCCAACAUCUCGUGGUUGCAACUACUUACUUACUGCGAUUGACCGAUUUACUCGUUGGCCCAUUGCAACUCCCAUACCUAACAUAACUGCAGAUUCCGUUGCUAAUGCUUUUUUGGAACACUGGAUCUCUCAUUAUGGCGUCCCCUCAACAAUUACCACCGAUCGAGGUCAACAAUUCGAGUCUAGACUUUUUAACAGCCUUAGCAACCUCCUCGGAUGUUCUCACAUACGCACGACAGCAUACCACCCCUCAUCCAACGGUUUAGUCGAGCGUUUCCACCGGAAACUCAAAGCCUUGCUCCGAGCUCAUGACAACCCUUCCCAUUGGAGCGAGCAUCUGCCUUUGGUCAUGCUCGGUAUCCGUACCGCACUUAAGCCCGACUUGGAGUGUUCCGCUGCCGAACUUGUCUACGGUACCACCCUACGGAUUCCCGGGGAUUUUUUCGGACACUCUCAAAGCUCAACCGACUUGGAUCCCAGCGAUUAUGUGCAAAGAUUGCGCCAAGCCAUGAUUCAUCUUCGAGCCACUCCUCCACGUCCUUCAACAAGUAAAUCGUACGUCAACCCGAACUUACUAACAUGUUCUUUUGUAUUUGUCCGCGUAGAUAGCGUUCGCUGGCCACUACAACAGCCCUAUGACGGCCCAUUCCGAGUACUAUCGCGCAAGGACAAGCACUUUAUGAUUGACCGUGGAAGCCGCACCGACGUGGUCUCAAUCGAUCGCUUGAAGGCGGCUUAUACCGAGCCUCUUCCAACUUCUCCAACCGAACAACCUCCACUUGGCACAUUGCCACUGGCUAUUUCCCAGAAUCCAUUUACGCCCAAUAACCCCGCGUCUUCCCUUAUCCCACAGACUCCUCCCCUUACGCGCAGCGGUCGUCAUGUCCGUUUUCCCGACCGUUACCAACUUGUACAAUAUGCAUAA